AUGCCUGUACUGAAAAGAAGAAAACUUUCUACGACCACCCAGCCAAAAAAAGCCAAAGAAGCCUCCCCCGAACCCGAGAACACAGAUGCAGCCGACGCGUUUCGAAAAUUCUUCGAGAGUCAAUUCCAGCCGCUGGAUCCUGAUGAUGUAGCUACCACCACCACUACCACCACUACCACCACUACCACAGCUCAGCAACAAGCCUCGGACGAGUCAGACGAGUUUGACGAAGAUGGAGAGUCGGGAGUAGACUUUGACGGGUUUUCGGAAGAAGAGGAUGACGAGAGUGAUGAUGACGACGAUGAGAGAGUUCCAGAGGUCACAGUGGUUGAGCAUGCGGAUGUCAAAAACGAGGAUGUGCUACUGGAUAAGCAAACGCGCAAGGCUUUACUGUCCUCCAAAGUCUCUUCCCUCACAAAUCCCUCCGGAAAACAAACACCUCGACCAAAGCAAGAGGAAAACACCAGUGAAGAAGCCAACAACCUCAAAAACGACCUGGCGCUGCAGCGCCUCUUGAACGAGUCCCACCUGCUCGAUUCCGCAUCCGACCUCAACCCAACCGGCAAAAACCGACACAAGGCGAUCGACCUACGUCUACAGUCGCUCGGAGCCAAGAACUCGAUCUUUGAACAGCACAAAAUGCCCAAGGCGGAACGAAUCGGCAUCCAGUCCAAGGCUGCUAAGAAAGAGGAAACGCGGCGGCGAGAUGCGCGCGAGAAUGGCGUUAUUCUGGAAAAACCUACAUUCAAACAGAAGCGCAAAGAAAAACGAAGGGAACGAGGUGUUGACGCUCCGGCGGUGGGUAAAUUUGCUGGUGGCACGCUGAGACUCAGUAAACAAGAUUUGGCCAGUAUUACGGGACCGAAGAAACGGACCAAAAUGGGCAAAAAGAGUCGUCGAUAA